CGGCGUCGCCCAGGAUGGCCGCCCCGAGCCACGGGCCGCGGCGGCGCUAGCGCGGAGCGCCCGACCUUCGCCCCCCGCGCGGGCGCCGGUGCCCGAGGACCACGACCGCACCAGCUGCUCCCUCGUCCCUCCCCUCGCCUGCCCCGUCCUCCUCCCCCUGCUCGCUGUCGUUGUGUGUCAGCACUUGGCUGGAGACUUGUUGAACUUGCAGGCAGAAUAGCCCGCGCCCCCGCUUCGCGCCGUGCCUUGGCCCCAGCGGAGCCGGCCUCGCCGCCCGGACCCCGCGCCCGGACCCCGCGCCCGGACCCCGCGCCCGCGCCGCCCCACUGCUCCGCGGGGCCAGACCCCCCCCGGGACGCGGUGCCCGGCGACAGGAGGAGGACUGCCCCGCCGGCCCCGGGGGAGGAGGAGGAGGAGGAGGAGGAGAAGAAGAAGGCGGACCGAGGGAACCGGGUCCCUGCGCCAGGUCCUUCCACCAGAGCUUUUUCCAUGUGGAGGCUCUUUCGAUGGACGUGUCCCCGCGUGCUUCUUAGACGGUCGGCGGUCUCCUAAAGGUCGACCAUGGUGGCCGGGACCCGCUGUCUUCUAGCGUUGCUGCUUCCCCAGGUCCUCCUGGGCGGCGCGGCCGGUCUCAUUACGGAGCUGGGCCGGAGGAAGUUCGCGGCAUCUCCUGGCCGCUCCUCGUCCCAGCCCUCGGACGAGGUCCUGAGCGAGUUCGAGUUGCGGCUGCUCAGCAUGUUCGGCCUGAAGCGGAGACCCACCCCCAGCAGGGACGCCGUGGUGCCCCCCUACAUGCUGGACCUGUACCGCCGGCACUCGGGCCAGCCGGGCGCACCGGCCCCGGACCACCGGCUGGAGAGGGCAGCCAGCCUCGCCAACACCGUGCGCAGCUUCCACCACGAAGAAUCUUUGGAAGAACUGCCAGAAAUGAGUGGGAAAACAACCCGGAGAUUCUUCUUUAAUUUGACUUCUAUCCCCACUGACGAGUUUAUCACCUCAGCAGAACUUCAGGUUUUUCGGGAACAGAUGCAGGAACCUUUGGAAAACAAUAGCAAUUUCCAUCACCGAAUUAAUAUUUAUGAAAUUAUAAAACCUGCAGCAGCCAACUUGAAGUUCCCCGUGACCAGACUUUUGGACACCAGGUUGGUGAAUCAGAACGCAAGCAGGUGGGAGAGCUUUGAUGUCACCCCUGCUGUGAUGAGGUGGACGGCACAGGGGCUUGCCAACCACGGAUUUGUGGUGGAAGUGACCCACUUGGAGGAGAAUCAAGGUGUCUCCAAGAGACACGUCAGGAUUAGCAGGUCUUUGCACCAAGACAAGCACAGCUGGUCACAAAUCAGGCCACUGCUAGUAACGUUUGGCCACGAUGGGAAAGGACACCCCCUCCACAAAAGAGAAAAGCGUCAAGCAAAACACAAACAGCGCAGACGCCUUAAGUCCAGCUGUAAGAGACACCCUUUGUACGUGGACUUCAGUGACGUGGGGUGGAAUGACUGGAUCGUAGCUCCCCCGGGGUACCACGCCUUUUAUUGCCAUGGGGAAUGCCCCUUUCCCCUGGCAGAUCACCUGAACUCCACUAACCACGCCAUUGUUCAGACGUUGGUCAACUCGGUUAAUUCUAAGAUCCCCAAGGCGUGCUGUGUACCAACAGAACUCAGUGCUAUCUCCAUGCUGUACCUUGAUGAAAACGAAAAGGUUGUAUUAAAGAACUAUCAGGACAUGGUUGUAGAGGGUUGUGGGUGUCGUUAGCACAGCAAAAUGAAAUAUAUAUAUAUAUAUAUAUGUGUGUGUGUAUAUAUAUAUAUUUCUAAUAUAUAAAUAUAUAUAUUAGAAAAAAGCAAAAAAAAAAAAACAAGUUGACACUUUAAUAUUUCCCAAUGAAGACUUUAUUUAUGGAAUGGAAUGGAGAAAAAAAAGAAAAACACAGUUAUUUUGAAAAUAUAUUUAUAUCUACAAAAAAAGUUGGGAAAACAAAUAUUUUAAUCAGAGAAUUAUUCCUUAAAGAUUUUAAAAUGUAUUUAGUUGUACAUUUUAUAUGGGUUCAACCCCAGCACAUGAAGUAUAAUGGUCAGAUUUAUUUUGUAUUUAUUUACUUAUUAUAACCACUUUUUAGGAAAGAUAGCUAAUUUGUAUUUAUAUGUAAUCAAAAGAACUAUUGGGUUUGUACAUAAUUUUCCAAAAAUUGUAGUUAUUUUCAGUUGUGUGUAUUUAAGAUGAAAAGUCUACAUGGAAGGUUACUCUGGCAAAGUGCUUAGCACAUUUGCUUUUUUGCAGUGCUACUGUUAAGGUCACAAGUUCAAGUCCAGAAAAAAAAGUGGAUAAUCCACUCUGCUGACUUUCAAGAUUAUUAUAUUAUUCAAUUCUCAGGAAUGUUGCAGAGUGGUUGUCCAAUCCAUGAGAACUUACGUCCUUAUUAGGUGGAAUAUUUGGAUAAGAACCAGACAUUGCUGAUCUAAUAUAGAAACACUCCCCUACCCCUUUAAUUUUCAGAAAAAAUAAAGCAGGACCAAUAGAAAUAAUGAGGAAAAUGAUAAACCUGCAGGAAAGUGAAUGAUGGUUUGUUGUUCCUCUUUCCUAAACUAGUGAUCCCUUCAAAGGGGUUGGUCUGGCCAAAGUAUUAAAAUAAAACAUAAGAUUUCUUUAUUAUUAA